UACAUCGGAUGAUACAAAUACACGCAUCAUCUAAAUUCCCUAUUUCUCUCUUUCUGCAGGUAGGUAUCUCUCUGGGUUUAUUUUUCGUAAAUUCUUGAACAAUAACAAUAACAAAAACAAAAAGCUUCGAAUUCACAACAUUUGAUUGAUGAUUCGAUCAAAUCAAUUCAAGAUUUCGAUUCUUGUCUCUCUCAUAUUGUUCGUAUUCUCCGAAUUCACACCCCAAAUCCAAACCAUGAAGAAGAUCCAUCCCGUAUCGAUGAAGCGAAACAUCGCAAUCCGAGACGCCAUGGAAACCCCAUCGGAGACCAGUGCUCAGAAGAGGCUCCGGCGACUCCCUCACGUCUUCGGGAAGGUUCUCGAGCUUCCUUUCCGCUCCGACGCCGACGUGUCGGUGGAAGAGACCGAUGAUUUCUUCCGAUUCGUCGCUCAGACCGACGAAUCGAUCGGGGACGAUGUUAGGGCACACGCGGUGGAGAUUCACCCCGGAGUGACGAAGAUUGUGGUUAGAAACGGCGGUGGUGGUGACGUGGUGGAGUUGUUGUUGGGGGCGUUGGAGGUGGAUGCGUGGAGGUUUAGGCUUCCGGCGAUGACUCUGCCGGAGAUGGCGAGCGCGGUGUUUGUUGACGGAGAGCUCAUUGUGACGGUGCCGAAGAGCGGAAACUUCGCCGGAGGAGAGGGAUUGGGAGGCGUGAGACGGCUCGUUCUUGUACAGUAAUUGAAUUUCUUGAUAAUUGAAUUUCUUUCUUUUUAUGGCCUCAAAUGCUCGGUUUCAAAAAUACAAUUACUGUUCCAGCUCUGUUUUUGUUGUGAUUGAAUUGAGAAAAUAAAAAUGUCUUAUUUUUCGGGCAUUUUAAAUUGGGUUA